AAGUAUGAUGUGAUGGAUAUAACUAUGGGAUACUGUGUGGGUACACGGCCUCCUCCUUCUUGCCUCAUCCUCCUGCUUCUCAAGCUCUUGGCCACUGUCUCCCAGGGGCUGCCGGGGACCGGGCCCCUGGGCUUCCACUUCACACAUUCUGUUUACAAUGCUACAGUGUAUGAGAACUCAGCAGCCAGGACCUACAUCAACAGUCAGAGUAGAAUGGGCAUCACCUUAAUUGAUCUGUCCUGGGAUAUCAAAUACAGAAUAGUAUCUGGAGAUGAGGAAGGCUUUUUCAAAGCAGAAGAAGUCAUCAUUGCAGAUUUCUGUUUUCUCAGAAUAAGAACUAAAGGUGGGAAUUCUGCCAUAUUGAAUAGGGAGAUUCAGGACAAUUAUUUAUUGAUAAUAAAAGGUUCUGUCAGAGGGGAGGAUUUGGAAGCAUGGACCAAAGUGAAUAUCCAGGUUUUAGAUAUGAAUGAUCUGAGACCUUUGUUUUCACCCACCACAUACUCUGUUACAAUAGCAGAAAGCACACCUCUAAGGACUAGUGUCGCCCAGGUGACAGCAACAGAUGCGGAUAUCGGUUCCAACGGGGAAUUCUACUACUACUUUAAAAACAAAGUUGAUCUCUUUUCCGUUCACCCCACGAGUGGUGUCAUCUCUUUAAGCGGACGAUUAAAUUAUGAUGAAAAGAACAGGUAUGAUCUGGAAAUUUUGGCUGUGGACCGUGGGAUGAAACUCUAUGGAAACAACGGAGUGAGCAGUACUGCAAAGCUUUAUGUUCACAUUGAACGGAUAAAUGAACACGCCCCAACUCUCCAUGUAGUCACUCAUGUUCCUUUCUCGCUGGACAAAGAGCCGACAUAUGCGGUGGUGACCGUCGAUGACCUAGAUGAGGGGGCCAAUGGAGAGAUUGAAUCUGUUUCCAUUGUGGCUGGGGAUCCUUUAGAUCAGUUCUUCCUGACUAAGGAAGGAAAGUGGAUACACGAAUAUAAGAUUAAGGAGAGAAAACAGGUUGACUGGGCGAGCUUUCCCUAUGGCUACAAUCUCACUCUUCAAGCAAAAGACAAGGGUUCGCCGCAGAAAUCCUCUGCCAUCAAGAUAGUCCACAUUGCCAACCCCAGGAGAGACACAGUCCCGAUUAGAUUUGAAAAAGAAAUGUACGAUGUGAGCAUUAGUGAAUUUUCCCCUCCUGGUGUUGUGGUUGCUAUAGUAAAAUUAAGUCCCGAACCGCUGGAUGUGGAAUACAAAUUGUCACCCGGGGAGGAUGCACAGUACUUCAAAAUUAAUCCUCGGUCAGGUCUCAUUGUCACAGCACAGCCGCUGAAUACCAUUAAGAAGGAGGUUUAUAAACUGGCGGUGACCAACAAGGAAGGGGAUUUAAAAGCACAAGUCACCGUCGGCAUAGAAGACGCGAACGACCACACCCCAGAAUUUCAGCAGCCACUGUAUGAUGCUUUUGUGAAUGAAAGUGUUCCAGUGGGAACGAGCGUCCUGAUGGUUUCAGCUUCUGAUAAGGAUAAAGGAGAAAAUGGGUACAUCACCUACAGUAUCGCCAGCCUGAAUAUGUUGCCGUUUGCCAUUAACCAGUUUACAGGGGUUAUUAGCACAACCGAAGAGCUGGAUUUUGAGUCCUCUCCAGAAACUUACAGGUUCAUUGUCAGAGCCUCUGACUGGGGUUCCCCAUAUCGCCAUGAAAGUGAGGUAAAUGUGACUAUUCAAAUAGGAAACGUCAAUGACAACACCCCUCUCUUUGAGAAAGUGGCUUGCCAGGGAGUUCUUUCAUAUGAUUUCCCAGUUGGGGGUCACAUCACAGCUGUCUCAGCCAUCGAUAUUGAUGAACUUGAACUUGUAAAGUACAAAAUCAUCUCUGGAAAUGAACUUGGUUUCUUUUAUUUAAACCCCGACUCUGGUGUUUUACAGCUUAAAAAGUCACUGAUGAAUUCUGGCAUUAAAAAUGGUCAGUUUGCCCUCAGGAUUACAGCGACCGAUGGAGAGAAUUUUGCGGAUCCCAUGUCUGUAAACAUUUCAGUCCUACACGGGAAGGUGUCUUCAAAGAGCUUCAGUUGCAGAGAAACUCGCGUGGCUCAAAAGCUGGCAGAGAAACUACUCAUUAAGGCAAAAGCAAAUGGGAAACUGAAUCUGGAGGAUGGAUUUCUUGACUUUUAUUCAAUUAAUAGGCAAGGACCACAUUUUGACAAGUCAUUUCCCUCUGAUGUGGCUGUGAAGGAGAAUCUGCCAGUUGGUGCUAACAUCCUGAAGAUUAAAGCCUAUGAUGCCGACUCUGGCUUCAAUGGAAAGGUGCUAUUUACAAUAUCUGAUGGCAACACGGAUAGUUGCUUUAAUAUUGAUAUGGAGACUGGGCAACUUAAAGUCCUUAUGCCCAUGGAUCGAGAGCACACAGACCUCUAUCUCCUUAAUAUCACCAUCUAUGACUUAGGAAAUCCACAGAAAUCUUCCUGGAGGUUGCUGACCAUCAAUGUGGAGGAUGCUAAUGACAAUAGCCCAAUUUUUCUUCAAGACAGUUACACAGUUAACAUUCUUGAAAGUUCAAGUAUUGGCACUGAGAUUAUACAAGUGGAAGCCAGAGACAAAGACCUGGGUUCUAAUGGUGAAGUGACUUACUCAGUCUUGACAGACACUCAGCAGUUUGCCAUCAACAGCUCAACUGGAAUCGUUUAUGUAGCUGAUCAAUUAGACCGGGAAUCCAAAGCAAACUACUCAUUAAAAAUAGAAGCCAGAGACAAGGCAGAAAGUGGCCAACAGCUCUUUUCAGUUGUCACUCUUAAGGUGUUUCUGGAUGAUGUCAAUGACUGCUCCCCAGCCUUCAUUCCCAGCAGCUAUAGCGUGAAGGUUCUUGAAGAUCUCCCCGUGGGCACUGUCAUCGCUUGGCUGGAGACCCACGAUCCAGAUCUUGGACUGGGGGGUCAAGUGCGCUAUUCUUUGGUCAAUGACUAUAACGGGAGAUUUGAAAUCGAUAAAGCAAGUGGCGCCAUUCGCUUGAGCAAAGAGCUGGAUUAUGAAAAGCAGCAGUUCUACAAUCUCACGGUUCGGGCUAAAGACAAAGGGCGGCCUGUCUCUCUGUCAUCGGUUUCCUUUGUUGAGGUGGAAGUGGUGGAUGUCAAUGAAAACCUCCAUACCCCCUAUUUCCCAGACUUUGCUGUGGUUGGAUCUGUAAAAGAAAACUCGCGUAUUGGAACAAGUGUGCUGCAGGUGACUGCCCGAGAUGAGGACUCUGGGAGGGAUGGAGAGAUCCAGUACUCCAUCAGGGAUGGCAGUGGUCUUGGAAGGUUCAAUAUAGAUGACGAGAGUGGAGUCAUCUCUACUGCAGACAUCCUGGAUCGAGAGACAACAGGGUCCUACUGGCUGACAGUGUAUGCCACAGACCGGGGCGUGGUUCCACUCUAUUCCACUAUUGAGGUCUACAUUGAAAUUGAGGACGUGAAUGACAAUGCCCCGCUGACCUCAGAACCCAUUUAUUAUCCUGUCGUCAUGGAAAACUCUCCCAAGGAUGUGUCUGUCAUUCAGAUUCAAGCUGAGGAUCCUGACGCUAGUUCCAAUGAAAAACUGACAUACAGGAUUACAAGUGGGAAUCCUCAGAAUUUUUUUGCCAUCAAUAUCAAAACAGGUCUGAUUACAACAACUUCAAGGAAACUGGAUCGAGAACAACAGGCAGAACAUUUUCUGGAGGUGACAGUGACAGAUGGCGGUUCCUCUCCGAAACAGUCAACCAUCUGGGUGGUGGUUCAGGUUUUGGAUGAAAAUGACAACAAGCCCCAGUUCCCCGAGAAGGUCUACCAGAUCAAGCUACCGGAACGUGACCGGAAGAAGAGGGGAGAACCCAUUUACAGAGCUUUUGCAUUUGAUAGAGAUGAGGGCCCCAACGCCGAAAUCUCCUACAGUAUAGUGGAUGGCAAUGAUGAUGGAAAGUUCUUUAUUGACCCUAAAACUGGCAUGGUUUCUUCCAGAAAGCAAUUUACAGCAGGGAGUUAUGACAUCCUAACGAUAAAGGCAGUGGACAAUGGGCGCCCACAGAAAUCCUCCACGGCCCGUCUCCACAUUGAAUGGAUUAAGAAACCACUCCCUUCGCCUAUACCGCUAACCUUCGAUGAGCCAUUUUAUAACUUCACAGUCAUGGAGAGCGAUAGAGUCACCGAGAUUGUGGGGGUUGUGUCUGUGCAGCCAGCUAACACCCCUCUGUGGUUUGACAUAGUUGGGGGGAAUUUUGACAGCUCUUUUGACGCAGAGAAGGGUGUCGGGACCAUUGUCAUUGCCAAACCUCUGGAUGCAGAGCAGAGAUCCAUUUAUAAUAUGACUGUGGAAGUCACAGACGGGACAAACGUCGCUGUCACUCAGGUAUUUAUCAAAGUGCUGGAUAAUAACGAUAACGGCCCGGAAUUCUCUCAGCCGAGUUACGAUGUGACAAUUUCCGAGGACGUGCUCCCCGACACAGAGAUACUGCAGAUCGAGGCCACAGACCGAGACGAGAAGCACAAGCUGAGCUACACGGUGCACAGCAGCAUCGACGCCGCCAGCAUGAGAAAAUUCCGCAUGGACCCCAGCACCGGCGUGCUCUACACUGCCGAGCGGCUGGACCACGAGGCCCAGGACAAGCACAUCCUCAACGUCAUGGUCAGAGAUCAGGAGUUUCCUUAUCGAAGAAACUUGGCCCGAGUCAUUGUGAAUGUGGAAGAUGCUAAUGAUCACAGUCCUUAUUUUACCAACCCGCUGUAUGAAGCAUCUGUGUUUGAAUCGGCUGCUCUGGGAUCAGCUGUUCUGCAAGUGACGGCUCUGGACAAAGACAAAGGGGAAAAUGCAGAACUCAUAUAUACCAUAGAAACAGGGAACACGGGGAACACAUUUAAGAUCGAACCAGUCCUGGGCAUCAUCACCGUUUCCAAAGAACCAGACAUGACGACUAUGGGUCAGUUUGUCCUGUCAGUCAAAGUCACAGACCAGGGUUCCCCGCCCAUGUCUGCCACUGCAAUUGUGCGCAUUUCUGUCACCAUGUCUGAUAAUUCUCACCCCAAGUUCACUCACAAAGACUACCAAGCAGAAGUAAAUGAAAAUGUUGAUAUUGGAACAUCGGUCAUUCUGAUCUCUGCGAUUAGUCAAUCUACCCUCAUUUAUGAUGUCAAAGAUGGAAACACAAAUGGGAUCUUUACCAUAAAUCCAUACUCUGGAGUCAUCACUACCCGGAAGGCACUGGAUUAUGAGCGAACUUCCUCUUACCAACUCACCGUACAGGCCACGAACAUGGCAGGAAUGGCUUCCAACGUCUCCGUCAAUAUUCAGAUUGUUGAUGAGAAUGAUAAUGCCCCCAUUUUCCUCUUUUCUCAAUAUUCAGGCAGCCUGAGUGAGGCUGCCCCAGUUAAUAGCAUUGUCAGGAGCCUAGAUAACAGCCCCCUGGUAAUUCGGGCCACUGAUGCCGACAGCAACCGGAAUGCUCUGCUUGUGUAUCAGAUCGUUGAGUCCACGGCCAAGAAGUUCUUUACGGUGGACUCCAGUACGGGGGCCAUCCGAACGAUUGCCACCCUGGACCACGAAACCAUCUCCCGUUUCCAUUUCCACGUGCACGUGAGAGACAGCGGCAGCCCCCAGCUGACUGCAGAGAGUCCCGUUGAAGUCAGCAUAGAGGUGACAGAUGUGAAUGACAACCCGCCUGUUUUCACCCAGGCUGUGUUUGAGACGGUCCUGCUCCUACCUACCUACGUCGGAGUGGAGGUGCUGAAAGUUAGUGCCACAGAUCCUGACUCCGAGGUGCCCCCCGAACUGACAUACAGCCUGCUGGAAGGCAGCGUGGAUCACUUUUUAAUGGACUCAAAUACUGGCAUUCUCUCCAUAAAAAACAACAACCUCUCCAAAGACCACUACGCACUAAUAGUUAAAGUUUCGGAUGGGAAGUUCUACAGCACGUCCAUGGUCACCAUCUUAGUUAAAGAAGCCAUGGACAGCGGCCUCCACUUCACACAAAGCUUUUAUUCCACCUCAAUCUCAGAGAACAACCCUAAUAUAACCAAAGUUGCUAUUGUCAAUGCCAUUGGAAAUCGCCUUAAUGAGCCCUUAAAAUAUAGCAUCUUAAACCCAGGAAAUAAGUUCAAGAUAAAAUCUACCUCAGGAGUUAUCCAGACCACCGGAAUCCCCUUCGACCGUGAGGAACAGGAGUUAUAUGAGCUGGUGGUAGAAGCCAGCCGGGAGAUGGACCAUUUGCGUGUGGCCAGGGUGGUGGUCAGAGUCAGCAUCGAAGACAUAAAUGACAACUCUCCAGUCUUCGUGGGCCUCCCUUACUAUGCUGCUGUGCAAGUUGACGCUGAGCCUGGGACUCCGAUUUACCGGGUGACAGCCAUCGACAAAGAUAAAGGUGCAAAUGGAGAAGUGACCUAUGUCCUACAGGAUGACUAUGGCCACUUUGAAAUUAACCCUAAUUCGGGGAAUGUUAUUUUAAAAGAAGCAUUCAACUCUGACUUGUCCAACAUCGAGUAUGGUGUCACCAUCCUAGCCAAAGAUGGUGGAAACCCUUCUUUGUACACAUCCGUAGAACUUCCCAUCACGAUUGUCAACAAAGCGAUGCCUGUGUUUGAUAAGCCCUUUUAUACAGCAUCCAUCAACGAAGACAUCGGGAUGGAUACACCUAUUCUAAGCAUCAAUGCCACCAGUCCAGAAGGCCAAGGCAUCAUAUAUAUCAUUAUUGAUGGGGAUCUUUAUAAACAAUUUAACAUCGACUUUGACACUGGGGUCCUGAAAGUCGUUAGCCCUUUGGAUUAUGAAGUUACAUCUGUUUACAAGUUGACAGUAAGAGCCAGCGAUGCCCUUACCGGUGCCAGGGCUGAAGUCACCGUUGACUUGCUAGUUAAUGAUGUGAAUGACAACCCCCCUGUUUUUGAUCAGCCUACAUACAAUACAACAUUGACAGAAGCCUCUCUCAUUGGGACACCUGUUUUGCAAGUUGUUUCCACUGAUGUGGACUCAGAAAACAAUAAAAUGGUUCAUUAUCAGAUUGUCCAGGACACUUACAACAGCACCGAUUAUUUCCACAUAGACAGCGCCAGUGGCUUAAUCCUGACGGCGCGGAUGCUGGACCACGAGUCAGUGCAACACUGCACUUUGAAAGUCAGAGCAACUGACAGUGGUUUCCCAUCGCUGAGCAGUGAGGUCCUGGUUCAUAUCUACAUCUCAGACAUUAAUGACAACCCUCCGGUUUUUAAUCAGCUCAUUUACGAGUCCUAUGUGAGUGAAUUAGCCCCCCGGGGCCAUUUUGUGACCUGUGUGCAAGCCUCCGAUGCAGACAGCUCUGACUUCGACCGGUUGGAAUAUAACAUUUUAUCUGGGAACGACCGGACAAGCUUUCUGAUGGACAGCAAGAGUGGGGUCAUCACACUAUCCAACCACCGCAAGCAGCGGAUGGAGCCUCUGUACAGUCUCAAUGUGUCCGUCUCUGACGGGUUGUUCACUAGCACUGCACAGGUGCAUAUUAGGGUGCUGGGGGCUAACCUGUAUAGCCCCACCUUUUCACAAAGCACCUAUGUAGCUGAGGUUAGAGAGAAUGCGGCUGCCGGGACAAAGGUGAUUCACGUUCGAGCCACAGACGGGGACCCAGGGACGUACGGGCAGAUCAGCUAUGCCAUCAUCAAUGACUUUGCCAAAGAUCGAUUCCUCAUAGACAGCAAUGGACAAGUCAUUACAACAGAAAGGCUCGACCGGGAAAACCCUCUGGAAGGCGACAUUAGUAUUUUUUUGAGGGCCCUUGAUGGCGGGGGAAGAACGACUUUCUGCACCGUGAGGGUGAUUGUUGUGGAUGAAAAUGACAAUGCUCCCCAGUUCAUGACAGUGGAAUACAGGGCCAGCGUCAGGGCAGACGUGGGACGGGGCCACUUGGUCACUCAGGUGCAGGCCAUGGAUCCAGAUGAUGGAGCCAACUCAAGGAUUACUUAUUCCCUGUACAGCGAGGCCUCGGUCUCUGUGGCCGACCUGCUGGAAAUCGAUCCUGACAACGGUUGGAUGGUCACAAAGGGCAAUUUUAACCAGCUGAGAAACACAGUGCUGUCCUUCUUUGUCAAAGCAGUUGAUGGGGGCAUUCCAGUAAAGCACUCCCUCAUCCCUGUCUACAUCCACGUCUUGCCCCCUGAAAUGUUCUUGCCUUCAUUUACCCAGUCUCAGUAUUCUUUUACCAUUGCAGAAGAUACGGCCAUUGGGAGCACGGUGGACACCCUAAGGAUUUUGCCCAGUCAGAAUGUCCAAUUCAGCACAGUUAACGGGGAACGUCCAGAAAAUAACAAAGGGGGUGUCUUCAUCAUAGAACAGGACACAGGCACCAUCAAGCUUGACAAACGCCUGGACCAUGAAGUCAGCCCAGCUUUCCACUUUAAAGUAGCAGCCACGAUACCCCUCGACAAGGUAGACAUUGUAUUUACUGCGGACGUGGACAUCAAGGUGUUGGAUUUGAACGACAACAAGCCAGUCUUUGAGACGGCAAGCUAUGAGACCAUGGUCAUGGAAGGGAUGCCAAUCGGCACCAAACUCACCCAGGUGAGAGCCAUCGAUAUGGAUUGGGGAGCUAAUGGGCAGGUCACGUACUCCCUGCACGCAGAUUCCCAACCCGAAAAGGUAAUGGAAGCGUUCAAUAUUGACAGCAACACUGGCUGGAUCAGUACCUUGAAGGACCUGGACCACGAGACAGACCCCUCAUUCACCUUCUCCGUGGUGGCGUCCGACCUUGGGGAGGCCUUCUCUCUUUCUGCCACGGCUUUGGUGUCUGUCAGGGUGACAGAUAUAAAUGACAACGCACCCGUCUUUGCCCAUGAGGUGUACCAAGGGAAUGUGAAGGAGAGCGACCCUCCGGGUGAGGUGGUAGCCGUCCUCAGCACGUGGGACAGAGACACUUCCGACAUCAAUCGCCAAGUGAGCUACCACAUUACAGGAGGGAAUCCCCGAGGAAGGUUUGCCCUGGGGCUGGUGCAGAGUGAGUGGAAGGUCUAUGUGAAGAGACCUCUAGACAGGGAAGAACAAGAUGCUUACUUCCUCAAUAUCACGGCCACCGAUGGGCUCUUUGUCACACAGGCCAUGGUGGAAGUGACUGUCAGCGAUGUGAAUGACAAUAGCCCAGUGUGUGAUCAGGUUGCAUAUACAGCAUUAUUUCCCGAAGACAUUCCCUCAAAUAAAAUCAUCCUGAAGGUCAGUGCCCAGGAUGCCGAUAUUGGAUCCAAUGGAGAUAUACGAUACUCACUCUAUGGAUCUGGACACAAUGAAUUUUUUCUAGAUCCAGAAAGUGGCCAGUUAAAAACUUCGUCACCGCUGGACCGGGAGAGGGUCCCUGCGUACAACCUGAUCGCCAGGGCCACUGAUGGGGGUGGCAGGUUCUGCCAAUCUGACAUCCACUUGAUCCUGGAAGACGUGAACGAUAACCCCCCUGUGUUCUCUUCUGACCACUACCACGCCUGUGUCUAUGAGAACACGGCCACCAAGGCUUUGUUGACCAGAGUUCAAGCCGUGGAUCCCGACGUUGGCAUCAAUCGGAAGGUCGUGUACUCCCUGGCAGACUCGGCCGGUGGGUUCUUCUCCAUUGACGAGUCUUCCGGCAUCAUCAUCCUGGAGCAGCCGCUGGACCGAGAGCAGCAGCCCUCCUACAACAUCAGCGUGCAGGCCACCGACCAGAGCCCCGGGCGGGCCCUGUCCUCUCUCGCCACCGUCACCAUCACCGUCCUGGACAUCAACGACAACCCCCCUGUGUUUGAAAGGAGGGACUACCUGGUGACAGUGCCUGAAGACACCUCCCCUGGCACCCAAGUCCUUACCGUUUUCGCCACCAGCAAAGAUAUCGGCACAAAUGCUGAGAUUACGUAUCUCAUUCGGUCUGGGAAUGAACAAGGGAAAUUUAGGAUCAACCCAAGGACAGGGGGUAUUUUAGUCUCUGAAGUCCUGGACUAUGAAUUAUGCAAAAAGUUUUACCUGGUGGUGGAAGCUAAAGAUGGGGGCACCCCGGCUCUCAGCGCCGUGGCCACCGUCAACAUCAACCUCACCGAUGUGAAUGACAAUCCUCCCACGUUCAGCCAAGAUGUCUACAGCGCGGUCAUAAGUGAAGAUGCCUUGGUUGGGGACUCUGUCAUUUUGCUAAUAGCAGAGGAUGCAGAUAGCCAGCCCAACGGACAGAUUCGUUUUUCCAUUGUGAGUGGCGAUCGGGACAAUGAAUUUGCUGUGGAUCCUGUCUUGGGACUUGUGAAGGUUAAGAAGAAAUUGGACCGGGAACGGGUGUCCGGAUACUCCCUGCUUGUCCAGGCAGCAGACAGUGGCAUUCCUGUGAUGUCGUCAACUGCCACCGUCAACAUUGACAUUUCCGAUGUGAACGACAACAGCCCGGUCUUCACACCUGCUAACUAUACCGCUGUGAUUCAGGAAAAUAAGCCAGUAGGCACCAGCAUUUUGCAGCUGGUGGUGACAGACAGAGACUCCUUUCACAACGGGCCUCCCUUCUCCUUCUCUAUUUUGUCGGGAAACGAGGAGGAGGAGUUCGUGUUGGACCCGCACGGGACGCUGCGGUCAGCCGUGGUCUUCCGGCACACGGAGUCUCCGGAAUACCUGCUGCGUGUCCAGGCGAAAGACUCAGGCAAACCCCAGCAAGUUUCUCACUCCUACAUCCGCGUGCGGGUCAUUGAGGAAAGUAUCCACAAGCCCACGGCCAUCCCUCUGGAGAUUUUCAUUGUCACCAUGGAGGACGACUUUCCGGGUGGAGUCAUUGGGAAGAUCCACGCCACUGACCAAGACAUGUAUGACGUGCUCACGUUUGCCCUGAAAUCGGAGCAGAAAAGCUUGUUCAAAGUGAACAGUCAUGAUGGGAAAAUCAUCGCCCUGGGAGGCCUGGACAGUGGCAAGUACGUCCUGAACGUGUCGGUGAGUGACGGCCGCUUCCAGGUGCCCAUCGAUGUGAUCGUGCACGUGGAGCAGCUGGUGCACGAGAUGCUGCAGAACACCGUCACCAUCCGCUUCGAGAACGUGUCCCCCGAGGACUUCGUGGGGCUGCACAUGCAUGGGUUCCGGCGCAGCCUGCGGAACGCGGUCCUCACCCAGAAGCAGGACAGCCUGCACAUCAUCAGCAUCCAGCCCGUGGCGGGCACCAGCCAGCUGGACAUGCUGUUUGCCGUGGAGAUGCACAGCAGCGAGUUCUACAAGCCGGCCUACCUCAUCCAGAAGCUGUCCAAUGCCAGGAGGCACCUGGAGAACGUCAUGCGCAUCUCGGCCAUCCUGGAGAAGAACUGCUCGGGGCUGGACUGCCAGGAGCAGCACUGUGAGCAGGGCCUGUCGCUGGAUUCCCACGCACUCAUGACCUACAGCACGGCUCGCAUCAGCUUUGUGUGUCCGCGUUUCUACCGGAACGUGCGCUGCACCUGUAAUGGAGGACUGUGCCCGGGGUCCAAUGAUCCUUGCGUGGAGAAGCCGUGUCCAGGGGACAUGCAGUGUGUCGGUUACGAAGCCAGCAGGAGACCGUUCCUCUGCCAGUGUCCACCGGGGAAGCUCGGAGAGUGCUCAGGGCACACUUCUCUCAGCUUUGCUGGAAACAGUUACAUCAAAUACCGGCUUUCUGAGAAGAGCAAAGAAGAGGACUUUAAGCUGGGUCUGCGCCUGCGCACACUGCAAAGCAACGGGAUUAUCAUGUACACCAGAGCAAAUCCCUGCAUAAUUCUGAAGAUCAUGGACGGUAAGCUGUGGUUCCAGCUGGACUGUGGCAGUGGCCCCGGACUCUUGGGCAUCUCGGGCCGCGCGGUCAACGAUGGGAGCUGGCACUCGGUCUUCCUGGAGCUCAACCGCAAUUUCACCAGCCUGUCCCUGGACGACAGCUACGUGGAGCGGCGCAGGGCGCCCCUCUACUUCCAGACACUGAGCGCCGAGAGUACCAUCUACUUCGGGGCCCUGGUGCAGGCCGAGAACGUCCGCAGCCUGACCGACACGCGGGUCACGCAGGUGCUGAGCGGCUUCCAGGGCUGCCUGGACUCGGUGGUGCUGAACAACAACGAGCUGCCCCUGCAGAACAAGCGCAGCAGCUUCGCGGAGGUGGUGGGCCUGACCGAGCUGAAGCUGGGCUGCGUGCUCUACCCUGACGCCUGUGAGCGAAGCCCCUGCCAGCACGGGGGCAGCUGCGCCGGCCUGCCCUCCGGGGGCUAUCAGUGUUCCUGUCUCUCACAGUUCACUGGGAGAAACUGUGAAUCGGAGAUCACAGCCUGCUUCCCAAACCCUUGUCGGAAUGGAGGCUCCUGCGACCCCAUAGGAAAUACUUUCAUCUGCAGUUGCAAAGCUGGGCUCACUGGAGUCACGUGUGAAGAGGACAUCAACGAGUGCGAGCGGGAGGAGUGCGAGAACGGCGGCUCCUGCAUCAACGUGUUCGGCACCUUCCUGUGCAACUGCACGCCGGGCUUCGUGGGCCCGCACUGCGGGCUGCGCCCCGUGGUGGUGCCCAACAUCCAGGCCGGCCACGCCUACGUGGGCAAGGAGGAGCUCAUCGGCAUCGCCGUGGUCCUCUUCGUCAUCUUCAUCCUGGUGGUCCUGUUCAUCGUCUUCCGCAAGAAGGUCUUCCGCAAGCACUACUCCCGCAACAACAUCACGCUGGUGCAGGACCCCGCCACGGCCGCGCUGCUCCACAAGAGCAACGGGGUUCCCUUCCGGAACCUGCGGGGCGGAGGGGACGGCCGCAACCUCUACCAGGAGGUGGGGCCCCCGCAGGUGCCCGUGCGCCCCAUGGCCUACACCCCCUGCUUCCAGAGCGACUCCAGGAGCAACCUGGACAAGAUCGUGGACGGGCUGGGGGGCGAGCACCAGGAGAUGACCACCUUCCACCCCGAGUCACCGCGCAUCCUGACGGCCAGACGGGGUGUGGUCGUGUGCAGCGUGGCCCCCAACCUGCCCGCCGUGUCGCCCUGCCGCUCGGACUGCGAUUCCAUCCGGAAGAAUGGCUGGGAUGCGGGGACUGAGAACAAAGGAGUUGAUGACCCGGGAGAAGUGACCUGCUUUGCAGGCAGCAACAAAGGCAGCAACUCCGAAGUGCAGUCCCUGAGCUCCUUCCAGUCGGAUUCUGGUGACGAUAAUGCAUCCAUAGUGACUGUCAUUCAGCUUGUCAACAAUGUAGUUGACACUAUAGAGAAUGAAGUGUCUGUCAUGGAUCAAGGACAGAACUACAACCGAGCCUACCACUGGGACACCUCUGACUGGAUGCCGGCCGCCCGCCUGUCGGACAUAGAGGAGGUGCCCAACUAUGAGAACCAGGAGGGAGGCUCUGCACACCAGGGCAGCACGCGGGAGCUGGAGAGCGACUACUACCUGGGCGGCUACGACAUUGACAGCGAGUACCCGCCCCCUCACGAAGAGGAGUUCUUGAGUCAGGACCAGCUGCCCCCUCCCCUGCCGGAGGACUUCCCGGACCAGUACGAGGCCCUGCCACCCUCCCAGCCUGUCUCACUGGCCGGCACCCUAAGCCCAGACUGCAGGAGGAGGCCCCAGUUCCAUCCCAGCCAGUACCUCCCACCUCACCCAUUCCCCAACGAAGCAGAGCUGGUGGGCCCGCCUGCCGGCUGUGAAUUUAGUACUUUUGGCGUCAACAUGAACCAGGGCACCGAGACCGCGGGCCCGGCAGACGGUGUGUCUCUGUCCUUGCACAAUUCCAGAGGCACCUCAUCCUCCGAUGUGUCAGCCAGCUGCGGCUUUGAGGAUGCCGAUGUAGCCAUGAGUGACUACGAGAGCGUUGGGGAGCUCAGCCUCGCCAGCCUUCACAUCCCCUUUAUGGAGACUCAACACCAGACCCAAGUGUAGGGGACGCGCCUCGGUGCUUUGCGCUGUUGGGUUCGGAAGGAGACUGGCUGGGCUUGUGUCUCCAUGCAGAGCAGUGUGUUGAGCGGAGGAGGAAAUGCAGGUAUUUCCCACUGGGACCUUCUUCACAAGUCAAGCUGUUUCAAGCCAGUUGGGUGCAAAGGAAAAGGCUCAGAAAUUGUUUCUGAGAGGGGACUGAUCGCCCUUGCAGUAUGUACCUGCGUUCAUGACCAAGAAAGCUCGCCGAGGUUUUAAAGGGGGAAUACAUUGCACCCCCUAAGUUACACCGUCAGUCUUGUAUGGCUUUUUGCAGUAUUGUGCCCUGGAAAGUAUUCCAGCAUCAGCCCUUACAGUAUUAAUAACUGGCAACAAUGAGCAAAGAGGCAUGUAAUUUUUCAGCCAAUGGUGGGGGAGAGGGAAUGAAAAUACUAGUCAUCAUUGUUGGAAAAGUUAGUCACUUAGGCAAAAGGAAAGAAAAACAGAUAUUAUUAAACAAACAAGAAAAUGGGCUGGAGCCUUUAAAAAUCAACUUUAUUUUUUUUAUAAGCUGCCCAAUUUUCAGCUAUAAAAUUAGGUUUAGGUAACAUGUUUAGUAUGCUUAGUUAUUUUUGUUUGUUUGUGUUAAGCAUCCAAUAUUAUAUAGUUGGGUUUUAUGAUCUUCGAGAAAGGUACAAUGAAGAGGAACAAGAGGAUAUUUGGGUACCUCUGUGUGGGCUGGGGACGUUAACAUUGUUCAAGCAUUAGAAAGAAUGUGAUUACCUGUUUUCCAUGAAACAUUCCUGGCUGUAACUACAAUUUUAACACUCCUGCAGAAAUUGGCCUUUCUUCUGAGAAUCAGGAAAUAAAAGGGGGAGGGGGAGUUAUAUUUUGGUACUUUAUUCUCUAGAAUGAGAGAUAUUUAGAGGUUUAAGCAGAAUUCACAAAUUUAGUGGGGGCGGGGGAUCAAAUAUAACACUUUCAAAGUGUUCAGCCAGAUAAUCACAAUUCUUAAUAAUGCAAAUACAAUUUGAGUGUUGUUCUAAACUGGUUUGCAUCAUCACUAUAAAUGCAAUUGUGUUUUUAGAAAAGUACAUUCGUGUUUGUGUAUAAAUUAUAAUAGUGUGUGUGUGUGCGUCUGGGCCUAUGUACAAGCACGUGCUUGCACUCAGUAAGGCUGCUCUUGAGGACCGCGAACGUGGACGUCUUAGGCUAUGGACUACGUGGAAAAUUCUGCCUGCGAGGCGGACCUUCCAGUUUCUCUAUCUCUAUGAUGUCAGAGAAACACCAAACGCCAUAUUUUACUUCGGUUCAGUUAACUUUAUUUUGGUACUGCCAUUUAUAUUAACUUAAAGCAAAACUGUGCUUUUUAAAAAAAAAA